UUGUAUUUGAUUUCCACAUGGCUCCAGCUAUGCUAUUUGACCAAAUCAUAACAUUAACGGUAUGUCAAGCCGGCAGACUUCUCAGGUCCAACAAGCCUUUGGGGAGUUUCAAACUUGAUGUUGCCACUGUCUUUGCUAAUACAGAUCACCAGUUUUACCACAAGUGGGCGAUGUUGACUGAUCCUGAUGACAUUAAUGCCGGAAUCAAAGGUUAUGUUAAAUGUGACCUGGCAGUCAUUGGCAAUGGCGACUCUAUAAAGGUUCCACCGAAAAAUGACCAUGAUGACGAUGAUAUUGAAUCGAACUUGUUAUUGCCAGAAGGAGUUCCUGUCGACAGGCAGCGAGCUAGGUUUGUUAUAAAGAUCUACAAGGCAGAUGGUCUGCCAAAAAUGAAUACAGGAAUCAUGGCAAAUGUGAAACGGGCAUUGACUGGAGAAGCAAAAGAUUUGGUCGAUCCCUUUGUUCAAGUUUCCUUUGCUGGAAGAAAGGGAAAAACUUCAGUGAAAAAAGGAGCUUAUGAACCUGUUUGGAAUGAACAGUUGGUAUUUAAUGAAAUGUUCCCUCCAUUGUGUCGGAGGAUCCGAAUUCAGUUACGUGACAAUGAUAGUGUCAAUGAAGACGUGAUCGGAACGCAUUUCAUUGAUUUAGGAAAGAUAUCUAACGAAGGGGACAAAGGAUUCUUGCCAACAUUCGGUCCCUCGUGGAUCAAUUUAUAUGGUUCAACGAGAUACUACAGCAUUCUAAGUGAACAUACAUAUCUGAAUAAUGGUCUUGGAGAAGGUGUCUCUUAUCGUGGACGCCUGUUGGUAGCUGUGACUGCAGAAAUUGUUGACAACAUGGAUACUAUUACACAGGUGGAACUUGAAACAUGCAAUCCAUUGCCAGAGAGUGCUGGAGGGAAGAAAGAUGAAUACUUCUUGUUUGGUUCCAUUUUAGAAGCAACGAUGAUAGACAAAAAAAUUGGAGAAAAACCAGUUCAUUUUGAAAUGAGCAUUGGGAAUGCUGGAAAUGUUUUAGAUGGUUACAACCCACCAACCAAUCGAGACGGCGACAGCAGUGAAGAAACAGGGGAAUCUGAAGAAGACAAAUCUGUGGACCAGAACGCUGCAGCUGAAAUACCACAAUGGCAGAGCACGACGUCACCAAUUAAGCCAGUGACCAAAGACAAAAUCUACUACAUAAUGCCUUACUACGAAGAAAAACCGUGUGUGUACAUCAAAGAUUUCUUCGAAGACCACAGGCGCAGAAUGUACAAUAGUAAUAUACUCCAGAAGAUAAUUGUUAAAUUGGAGAAUGGUAUCAACGAAGUACAAGAUUUAAUUAAUCAAGAACUACCGUUCCCAGAGAGACGAUUACGAGGUGUAUUGGAAGAAUUAGGUCUUGGCUGCUCCAAAUAUAUUACAUUGGUGAAAAGCUCUGGGAGUGGAGGGUCGUUUAGUAAGACCAAACUGGACAAAGAACGAUACAAGCUUUUGGUCAGGGAAAUAGACCAAAUGUCUACGAUGGCCCGGACUAUAAAAGCAACUGUGACCAAAGGAAAUAUGAAGGAAAAAUUACGAUCAACAACAAUGUAUUUACAGAAGUUACAAAAGUUAGUUGAAGAGCCUCAACAUGCCUUGCCUGAUGUGUUCAUCUGGAUGAUCAGUGGUAGCAAAAGAGUAGCCUAUCAACGCAUUCCUGCAGAAGCCAUCAUUUAUUCUAUAGUUGACGAAGAAAAAGGGAAAGACUGUGGCAAAAUGCACACGUUAUUUUUAAGGUUACCAGGCAAAAAAGCGAGUGGUCAAGCUGGAUGGUCUAUACAGGCAAAACUUCAGAUCUAUCUGUGGUUGGGACUUUCAAAGCACAAAAAGGACUUUUUAAAUGGCUUACCAAAGGGUUAUGAAGAAACCAAGGUCAUCAAACAAGCGAACCGAAUGAACUCGAUGCCACCAUUAUCUUUGAUCUACAAAGAAAAGCAAAUAUUCCAGCUUCGCUCUCACAUGUAUCAAGCUCGAAGUUUGAUUGCUUCUGACGCCACUGGCCUCUCAGACCCAUUUGCACGUGUGAUAUUUGGUGACCAAUGUGUGAUGACACAAGUCAUAGAGGAAACUCUUAGCCCUACAUGGGACGAAUUGUUGAUCAUUAAUGAACUUGCUAUGUACGGACAAAUGGACCAGAUUUCGGAAGAUCCUCCUGCUAUUGUCAUUGAAAUAUUUGACCAGGACAAAGUAGGAAAAGCCGAAUUUAUUGGUCGAGCUAUUGCAAAACCUGUUGUGAAAAUGUACAAUGAGAAAUACUGUAAACCAAAAUUUCCUCCAAAACUUGAAUGGUGGGACAUAUACCGUGGAUCUGACCAUGCUGGAGAAUUACUGGCUGCAUUUGAACUCUUACAGCAUCCAUUCGAUGAAAAAGAUUUAAGGCUUGCCCACGAAAUACCACAGUAUGCCAAGAAGAGAUUGCGGCUUGCUCCAUUUGGAGAUGUGAGUGGACAAGAUCUACCUCCAAUGGAAAUGCCUGAAGCAAUGGAUUCUGAUCGGGGAACACUAAUGCCAGUGCCAAAAGGAAUUCGGCCAAUUCUCAGCAAACACAGAGUUGAAGUUCUUUUCUGGGGUGUGAGAGAUCUCAAGAGGUUGCAACUGACACACGUUGACCGGCCCCGUAUUGAUAUAGAAUGUGCCGGACAUAUCCUUCAAUCUUCAGUUAUUGCUAAUGCAAAGAAAAACCCAAAUUUCAGCAUUUUAGUUAAAUUCUUCGAUGUUGAACUACCAGAAAAUGAACUUUACUGUCCACCAAUCACUAUACGCUGUGUGGACUGCCGCAGUUUUGGGAGAUUUGUACUCGUUGGAAGUCAUAUAAUCAAAUCUUUAUCCAAAUUUAUGUACGUUCCUACGACUAAAAGAGCAAAAGAUGCUUUGAAAAAGCUGUUUCCCGGAAGAGAUCUUGAUGCUCCUAAAGUUGUUUCGGAAUAUUCCCAAAAAUCUGAAGAUGUUGCUAUAAACAUUGAUGAAAAACAGCCCCUUAUUUCCAGAGACCAAAUGAUCACAAUUGAUGCUAUGGACAGAAAAGAACAGAAAACAGCCGAGAACAAAAGACGGCGCAAAGCUGGCAUCGAUGAAGAAGAACCAGACUUGGAAAGCUUAGAUUGGUGGAGCAAGUAUUUUGCUUCAGUUGAAACUAUGAUAAGGGAACCGAGUCUUGGAAAAGAUCAGGAACAUUACAAGAAAGAUGAUUUAACUGGUGAAGGGGAUACCAGAGAUUCUCCAAUUCACAAGAUCAAACCCUCUGAAGAGACCACACCUUACGGUGCCAUACCAAACGGCAAACCAAACACAGAUGAUCCAGAAUAUGAUGCUAAACAUGCCAAGAAAAUGGAAAAGGAACUGAAAAAGAUGGAGAAAAGAGAAGCCGCUCUAUCAGGAAAGAUGGCCUUUCGUAGCACAUCCAAGGGUACUUCUUUAGCUUCGAAACUUUCUCCAAAGACCCAACGCAAGAAGGACAAACUUUUAAGUGCCACCUCACAAUUAAAGGGCUUUUUCCCUCGAAAACUUACCCAUCACGUCCCUGAAACUGAACAAAUCCCUGUGGAUGAAGGAGAAAAAAGUCGAAAGUCCUUGAUAACGGUAUUCCCUCAUGAGCUUGAAAACCAGCACGAAUUCAACAACUUCACUGACUGGUUACACACGUUCGAGUUGUAUCGAGGGAAGAAAGUGAGUGGCGAUGAUGCAGACGAAAGCAGAGUUGUUGGGAAAUUCAAAGGUUCUUUAAAAAUCUACAAGAUCCCUCUCCCACCUGACAUAGAAGAUACGACUAUCACAGGAGGUGACCCACAGUACGGCCUUUUCCAAGGUUUACCAAGCAACGACCCUAUCAAGGUGUUAGUGAGAGUUUAUAUUGUCAAGGCUAAUGACCUUCAUCCUUCUGAUAUUAAUGGAAAAGCAGAUCCGUACCUUGUUAUAAGACUUGGCAAAACCGUCAUUAAUGGAAAAGACAACUAUAUAUCGAAACAACUGAAUCCUGUCUUUGGCAAAUGCUUUGAAAUCGAAGCUACAUUCCCGGUGGAAUCCCUCCUUUUGGUUCAAGUAUAUGAUUGGGAUCUGGUCGGCCUCGAUGAUCUUAUUGGAGAAUCAAAAAUAGAUCUCGAGAAUCGCUUCUACAGCCGUCAUCGGGCAACCUGUGGCAUCAGCAAAAAAUACGAAUUAUCUGGUUACAAUGUCUGGCGUGAUCCUAUGAAACCAACCCAAAUUCUUGGAAAAUUAUGCAAAGAAGGCAAAGUCGAUGGACCCCAUUACAAUCCAGGAAAGGUGCGUGUUGCAAACCGAAUAUUUACGGCUCCUAUGGAAGUGGAGGAUGAAAAUGGUGUGAAGAAUGCAACUGAAGAACAUCUGGCAUUGGCUGCCUUAAACCACUGGGAAGAAAUUCCCAAAGUUGGUUGUAAACUUGUGCCUGAACAUGUUGAAACACGUCCCCUUUACAAUCCAGAGAGACCAGGAAUCGAACAGGGGAAAAUCGAGUUGUGGGUUGAUAUGUUUCCCAUGGAUAUGGCCCCACCAGGUCCCCCUGUUGACAUUUCACCGAGAAAGCCUAAGAGUUAUGAACUUCGAUGCGUUAUCUGGAACACAGACGACGUGGUACUGGAAGACGAUGCUUUUUUCACUGGUGAAAAAAUGAGUGAUAUUUAUGUGAAGGGUUGGAUAAAAGGCCAAGAAGACUUACAGUCUACAGAUAUCCACUACAGGUCUCUGACAGGAGAGGGAAAUUUCAAUUGGAGAUUCAUAUUCCCUUUUGAUUACCUCUUAGCUGAGGAGAAAAUCGUUAUCUCACGGAAGGAAACCCUGUUUUCCUGGGACGAAACAGAGACCAAAAUUCCUGCUCGUUUAAACCUGCAAGUAUGGGAUGCUGAUCAUUUCUCUGCUGAUGACUUCCUUGGUUCCCUGACUUUGGACUUGAAUCAUUUCCCACGAGGUGCCAAAUCCUCAAAAUUAUGUACCCUUGACAUGCUAAAAACUGAUGGAACCGUGCCCCAGAUGUCAUUAUUCAAACACAAGAGAGUGAAGGGUUGGUGGCCGUUUGCAGUGAAGAACGAGAACAAUGACGAGUACGAACUGACGGGCAAAGUAGAAGCGGAAUUACAUUUACUGAGUACGGAAGACGCUGAGAAACAUCCUGCUGGCCUUGGACGUAACGAGCCUGACCCACUAGAGAAACCAAACCGGCCAGACUCAUCAUUUAUUUGGUUUCUCAACCCACUGAAAUCAAUCCGGUACAUUCUAUGGCACAACUACAAAUGGAUGAUUUUGAAAAUUAUCAUCUUUAUCCUGCUUGUUUUAGUGUUGGCUCUAUUUUUCUAUUCCAUGCCUGGUUACACAGUCAAGAAGAUGAUGGGUGCGUGAUCAGCAUAUACUGUUCCAACAACCACCACCACCACGGCCAACCAAGCACUUAACCUUCCUUCCUUCCUUGUUACUAUAGUAAUUGUUCUUCACUCCUAGCUCUUGUUUAUCUUUCAACCAGCUUCCCACUCGGUCUCCUUAUCACACCACCACAAUUACACACUUCAAGAUGGAUAGAACAUGUAUACAUAAAUAUAUAUAUAUAUAUAGAUAUAUGUAUGACAAUAUACACAUAUAUAUAUGCAUAUACACAUACAUAUACAUACGUAUACACAUACACAUAUACAUAUCAAUGUAUAUAUAUAUAUAUAUGUAUGUGUAUAGGUAUGUGCAUACACACACUCACAUAUAUCUAUGUGUGUUUGUAUAUAUGUGUAUAUAUAUAUAUUUAUAUGUAUAUAGAUGUAAAAAUAUAUGUAUAUACACAUACUCUGUUACCACUUGUUUUAUCAAUUAACCUGUUUAAUUAAUACUGUUGUCUAGAUUAAUGAUUCAGCUUGCACUUCUCAUGCAACCCAUUGAUUAUAUGUGUAUACAUACACAACAUGUAUAAUAUAUACACACAUGUACACAUCAAUGUGCAUAUACACACGUAUGUAUGUAUACAAGUGUGUAUAUAUAUAGAUAUAUGUGUGUAUAUAUAUAUAUUUAUAUAUAUAUAUAUAUAUAUUUAUAUAUAUAUAUAUAUAUAUAUAUAUAUAUAUAUAUAUAUAUAUAUAUAUAUAUAUAUAUAUAUAUAUAUAUAUAUAUAUAUAUAUAUAUGAAUGUGUAUAUACAUAUGAAUGUAUAAACAUCAAUAUAUAUAUAUAUGUAUAUAUGUGAUUGUACAAAUUUUCAUUUCCUUCACCGACAUCCUUUCAAAGAACAAGCAGCAGCAGCAAAUGGUAAAAAUGUGUUUCAAUUCAGAUAUAUAUAUAUAUACAUACACAUAUAUGUAUGUAUAUAUAUGUGUGUCUAUAUACAUAUACAUAUAUAUAUAUAUAUAAGUGUAUUAUACAAUAGAUUCUUUAAAUAAUGCAGAAUAUUUCUUGUGACUGUCAUGACAAACUCUUUUCAACCUCUAUAACUUUCAAUUCCUUGGUGUAUCAAUCCAGGUUGGAGAUUCAACCAUUAUUCUUUGAUAGGUUUGGCUUUAGUUUAAAACUCCUGAGCCAACACAAUUGUCAAGGAGAAAAAAACAAAAGCAAAACAAAAAAAAAAAACAAAAGAAAUAUAUAUAAAAAAAAAACAA